CUCUCGGGCUUUUAGUCUCAACUCCUAUUUGUGCCGUUUUAAGCGAUAAAUAUAAUACUAGAAAAAUACCAAUGAUGAUUGGUAUGGCGGGUUUGGGAAUAUGCACUUUUUUAUUCGGCAUAUCCGACAGUUAUUGGCAGUUGAUGCUGGCAAGAAUUGCCCAAGGUGCAUCAGGAGGAGCAUCCUGGACCGUUACUUUGGCUAUGCUGGCCGACCGAUUUGGAACCGGUCCUAAACUUGGAAUCGUCAUGGGAACAGUUUUAUCGGCAAACACUUUAGGUUUCAUUGCUGGUCCUGUAAUUGGUGGUGUUCUAUAUCAAUACUGGGGAUAUGCUUCCCCUUUUAUUUUCUGCGUCAUACUUUCUUUUAUUGGUUUUGUGUCCGCAUGCACAAUUGUUGAUCCGAUUAAGUUGAAAGCAUGGGAUUUGGCAAUAAGUAGACGUGAUGGAAACUCUGAUGACCCCCCAGAUUAUUGUGAAGUAGAACCCAAUUGUAACAAUCCUCUUUCAAUCUGGAAUUUAAUAAGAGAUUGGGAGAUUGUCUCAAUUUGUAUGACGCUCACAAUUGUAGCAAGUGCUUUUUCGGCCAUAGAACCCAUUCUCCCGAUAUAUCUUCGUGAAGAAUUUGACGCAAACGCUUCAGAAAUAGGUCUCGUUUAUAUCACUGUAGUGCUCCCGACUUUUGCUUCGCCACUUGUUGGUUGGUUAUCAUAUCGCAUUGGACAACGAGUAAUGUGUGGUAUUGGCGUAUUAUGGAUAAGUGUCGCUUUGCCGCUAAUCGCCCUGCCGGAUAACAUAUGGCUGGAAGUUUUUCCAUUGUUGUUUUUCGGCGCGACUUACGCUAUUAUUUCAACGCCGUCUCUUCCAAUCAAUGACUUUGAUGAUCUCACCAUUUGUAUUUUUAGGAAAUCCGUUUAG